AUGCAGCAAAUGCAGCAAUUGCAGCAGGUGCAGCAAGUGCUGCAGGUGCAGCAGCUGCAGCAGGUGCAGCAGCUGCAGCAGCUGCAGCAAAUAAGGCUGCUUUUUCUUUUCGCAGAACAAGGCGAGGCAGAAGCGGCAGCUAAAGAACAGCAGCAAGAAGCAGCAGCAGCAAAAGACAGCAGCGCCCCCAGCGAGAAAAAAGAAGAAGCAGCAAAAGAAGAAUUUAAUAAAAGUGAAGAAGAAAAAUGCGACGGAGCAGCAGCAGCAGAGACACCCGAAGGAGGCCGAGGAGUACAUACACCUGAUCAAGGGGCCGCUGCUGCGGCGCAAAACGAAACUGCUGCUGCUGCUGCUGCUGCUGCAGAAGCAGACAGCAACCCAGAAACAGCAACCAGAGAGUCUGAAAGAGAUGAGUCGGCCGAAAGAGAUAAAAACGAAAUAGACGCAGCAGCGCAGCAAACAAGAAACCAAGAGCAGCAGCAGCUAACCCCAGUGCAGCAGCAGCGGCAGCAGCAGCAGGUGCUGUGUGAAGCCGACAAGCAGCAGCACCUGCGCACGCAGGACCUGCACGCAGCAGCAGCAGACGCAGCAGCAGAAGACGCAGCAGCAGCAGCAGCAGCACAUCAUUCCAGAAGCAGCAAAUAUGAAAUGAAAAGAAGACACACAACAACUGACGUGCCUUAUGACUCGCCGAGCAGCUCCGCAGGCUCUUCAGCUCGGGAGGAGGCGGGGAGCAGCGGCGCGAAGGCGCUGGCUGCGGAGCUGCGGCAGCAAAGCGCGCUGGGUUUGUCUUUGGAUGAAGAGUUGGCAGCAGCAGAAAAGGCUUUGGAAGCAGCAGAAGAAGCAAAUGGAAAAGUUGUGAACAGACUGGUGGCGCUCCUGGGGGCGCAGGCGCUGCCGGAGCUGCGCCGCAGCAGCAGCCAGCUGGGCAGCAGCAGCAGCAGCAGCAGCCAGCUGGGCAGCAGCAGCAGCAGCAGCGAGGAGCCCCAGCUCCGCGUCACCCGCGAAAGCUACGAAGAGGCCCUGCUGCAGGCCACGCAGCUCGAGCUGCAGCGCAGCAGCUUGAGGGCCCGGCUGCAGCAGCUGCUGCGCAGCAAAGAGCAGCAGCAGCAAACGCAUGCAGCAAAAGUCGCCGAGUGCAGACGCGCCUUUGCAGAAUUUGUUUUGCAAGUGGCGAAGAACUCGGUAUUGCGGAGAGGCCAGAAGCCAGUGAGCGAGCGGCAGGUUGCGCUGCUGCUGCAGCGGGAGGAGCAGCAGCAGCAGCAGAUCCGGGAGCUGCGGCAGCAGCUGCUGCAGCAGCAGUACCAGCAGCAGCUGCAGCAGGCGCAGCGAGCAGCAAACGGCGAGUGGGAUGAAGACAGCUGCAGCCCCCUGCAGGCCAUGGACUUCGAGCAGCUCAAAAUGGAAAACCAAACCCUCAACGAAAAGCUCGUGCUGCGCCAAGAAGAAGCAAAAAAGCUGCAGAGCCUCACCAAAAAGGCUGCACAGCUGAUAACGCACUGGCGGGAGAAGCUGGCGUUUGAGGAGCGGCGGAAUGCAGCAGCAGCAGCAGAGCUGCAGCAGCUAGAGCAACAGCUAGCCAGCGAGCGGCAGCUAGCUGCGCUGCUGCAGCGCGAAAGGGCUGGCUGCCGCCUGGCCAACGAGCGGCUGAAGUCCAGGGCCGAGCUGGUCAACUCCGAGCUGCUGGCAGCAGACUGGGAGGCCACCCAGGAGAAGCUCCGCGACACCAAGGCCCAGAUCGCGGCGCUGCGGGAGCGGUACGCGCAGCUGACUUCGUUUGUGGCGGACUCCGUUCGCCACCGAGAUCGCCGGAAAUCGAGGCUGACUGCAGAGGCUUCGAAGCUGCUGAUGCGGCAUUUAAACAGCACAGAUAAUUCUUUUAUUCAAACUGGAGAAAGCACCAGCAGUUCGGAAGUGACGGCCACUCCUCGCCAGUUCUGA